AUGAUGGAAGAGAUGAUGGAAGAAAUGAUGCAAGAAAUGAUGGAAGAAAUGGUAAUCCCGGCAUGCUUUCUGCUGCUAAUAGAAGCAAGGCGAGUGGAGGUCCGGCCUCGUGUAGCCGAACCGCAAGUUUAUUACGAAGAAGACGACAGCCAGGCGGCUGAAGACGACUAUAGUCCAGCGGUCUACCAACCACGCACUCGUGCCCUUCCUUCGCCGCGAUCGAAGGACGCUCUGCACCCAUCUAAACCGCCUCCAGUUCAGACAAUUCGCAAUUACAACAAGGUCAACGACGACGGCUCUUUCACUUUCGGCUACGAAGCCGCAGACGGCUCAUUUAAAGAGGAGACUCGAGGAACUGAUUGUGUGGUACGCGGCAAAUACGGUUACAUCGAUCCCGAUGGCAACAAGAGAGAAUUCACGUACGUUUCUGGGAAUCCUUGCGAUCCAAACGCGCCGAAGGAUGACGAUGAUGAUCUGUCGGACAAACCAGAAGAAGAUGAUCUGAAUGCACCAGCGAACUACCCCUCGGUAAGACCAGUACCACGCCCUGUGCCAGUAAGACCAAACUAUCAACAAUCUACCACCCGAGCGCCCACCACAAUUUUCCAAUCGCAAUAUCAACUGGACGAUGACGCCAGCCAAGAAUUGGGUGAAGACGAUGUCGUGAAGCCGACUCAGUUGAGACAAGGUGCCUAUCGAAACCAAGCUCAACCAACUUACGUCUCCGUAACACCAUCAACAGCUCUGUACGAGCCAUCGCCUACCGUCAGCCCUAGCCACUACAGAUUGGCCUCUUCAACGAGCCAGUAUCAGACCACAGCGUCGCCUGUUCUUCGUACUCAACCCACGGUCUCCUCGACAGCCUAUCAGACCCACGAAACGACAACCCGCCGUCCGGUAACGCGUCACCCGAAGCCGCAAUCGGUCGCAAUCACGCCCCGGCCCCACGUUGCACAAGUAGCCGCCCAGUACGUGUCCCCUAGUAGCACCGAGCGUUCAGCGUUAGCGUACGGCCGCCCCUCGGCGGUCACCGUAUCGCCCAAUCUACGCACGACCACGCUAGCUAGCGCAUCUCACCUUGACUUUGCCGCGGAGCUCGAGCGUUACGUGAACACCGUCGGCGUGUCCGCCAGUCCUAAGCCUGUCCAACAGUCGCCCCAACCAACGAAAGCUAGAGCGCCAGUCGCCGCAUCAGACCCAAUCUACCAGUCGGAGCUCGUGUACGAUCCCUCUACCGGUCAGUACCAUAACCAACUUUAUCAGACACUACCCCAAACCGUGGGCGACUUCAGCCUAAGUCACAAACUCCAACCGUUCGUAGCCCAACCCCAGUCCUAUCUCGGACUCCAACAGCUGCAGCAGCUUCAGCCCCAGCAGCAGCUACAGUCCCAGCAGCCCCAGCAGCCCCAGCGUCAGUCUCCACUUUAUAAGCAACAGGUUGCCCAACCGGCCCCAUCCGCCCCCGCUGCUGCAGUAACCCAACCUCAGGAAGUGUUGUAUAGGAAGCAACAGUCCCAGCUGUUGCAACAGUCCCAACAGCUAUACGCUCAACAACAACGCCGUCAGCAGCAACAACAACAGCAGCAACAACAACAGCAGCAACAACAACAGCAACAGCAACAACAACAGCAGCAGCAGCAGCUUCAGCAGUCGCAUAGACUUCAGCUGCUCGAAUCCCAGACGCAACCCCAGUCCUACUACUAUGUUGCACCCGCAAGGUCCGCCAACGCUGGUCAACAACCCCUUACCGCAAGUCAGAUCGAUCAUUAUCUUCGAGCUAGUGCAGCCGGUUACUGA